AUGGAUUUUGUUUCUCUCCACCCUCACUUCGCUCCCAACCUCCUCGCCGGGAAGCCCCACAAUCGAAUUCCCCCUUCCCCGGUUGCGUCUCUCCGGAGGCCCCCACCAGUGCCGGAAGCGUCUGGCCUUUCCGGGUCCGUCCAACGGCCCUUCACCCCGGCGUCCCCCACUCCUCCUGUCGUCCAAGCUCCGGCGAACCCUCUCCGGAACCUUCCUACUUCCGAGACAAUUCCCACUUCAUCUAAAGUCGGUGGGGGUGACAGCAGCGGGAAUGGCCUCGGCAAUCCACUCUCCAACAAGCUCUGGCUCUCCAGCAAGCUGACUCCGCCUCCUCCUCCAUCUCCCGCGGAGGAAACACCCGAAAGUGACUCAGUAGCCGUGGAAUCCUGUGACCCUGAUGAACCUCCUGCUCCUGCUCCUGCUCCCGCUCUCGCCCCCGUGUUCCAGCAAACUGGCAAGAUUUUUGUGGGGAAUCUACCACUAUGGAUAAAGAAGAACGAUAUUGCCGAGUUCUUCCGUCAAUUCGGGCCUGUGAAGAGCGUCAUACUGAUCAAAGGCCAUGAAGACACCGAGAGGAACAUGGGUUACUGCUUUGUUUUAUACGGUGGGCCGACAGCUGCGGACGCGGCCGCCAAGGCCGUGGAUUUCGAUGGGGUGGAGUUCCAUGGGAGGGUGCUGACAGUGCGGUUGGACGACGGCAGGAGACUGCAGGCAAGAGCAGAGGAGAGGGCGAGAUGGGUGGCUGGAACUAAUGAGAGGGAAUACCGGUCCAAGUGGCACGAAGAGAGGGACGGCGCUUGCAGAAAGUUCAGGAGGGUACUGGAAACACAACCAGAGAACUGGCAAUCCGUGGUAUCGGCUUUCGAAAAGAUAAAGAAGGUCUGAGCUGAGUACAUAUACCUUACUUUCCUCCUCUCUUCCCCAGUUUUCGCCGGAACUGAGACUCAUACAGAAAAAGGAAUGCUUUCAGAAACUUUUUUACAAUAAAUCAACAGACCCAGUGAACAGACCCAGUGAAUAGACUUAUUAUCGGAAUUGUAAACUUCACCGAAACCUGAAUAGCUUCUUUCAAAAGAGCUUCAAUGUCUCUACCUUCUCCUUCCCACCACUGUAAUCAUCCCCAGUCGUGCUCUUCCUUUGGACUCUUAAGAUUCGUUGUGUAUAUUUGUCCUGAUAUAGUGCAGAUGCUAAUUCUAUAUGCAGUUUUUUUUUCUUUUUCCAUGCUCGAGAUUCACCCACAUGCACAGGGGAACCAUUACUAAGUACUUUCCCGUUGUAUAAUGUUAACAAUUGGUUUUUUUGGGACUUUCAGCCUUCUAGAAGAGAAUUCGGCCUUAUGGUGAACUACUAUGCAAGGAGGGGAGAUAAGCAUCAUGCACGUUCUACCUUUGAGAGCAUGCGGGCAAGAGGGAUCGAGCCAAGCUCUUAUGUAUAUACAAAGUAAGAUUGCCGACUCUUUCUUUGAAGCUGCACCAUCAUCUUGUGUGUGCAUCACUUGAAGCGUCAUAGUGGACAGUUAACACGUCUCUGCUACUAGGAUGAAGGACACUUGAUUGCGUUCUUCUCUUAGUUUCAGAUCAUCUCGGAUGAAGGACAAAUGAUAUAUCUGAGAGUUUGAGAAAGAUCCACAACGAAUAUUUGUCUGAAAAAACUUUUCCAGAGUGAAUAGAUUUUUGCCUGUUUUUCUAUGACUGUUUCAAUCUGUAAAUGCCUCUGUAUACUCCAAAAUUAUUCAAUCGCUAGACGUGAGAUGACAUGUCUCAUCAGUCAUGAAGAUUUUAUUUAUUUCAUCAUGCAUUGAAGGUAAUUCGUCAUUUCAUGCAGCCUUGUUCACGCUUAUGCAGUUGCUAGAGAUAUGCGUGGUGCAUUAUCUUGCAUAGAAGAAAUGAAAGCUGAGGGUAUUGAGUUGACAUUGGUGACAUAUAGCAUUCUAAUCGGAGGAUUUGCAAAUGCUGGUGACUCGAAGUGAGUAAGAGCAUUUAUGUUUACUGUUAACCUCUCCGCUUUAUAUUUGUUCAAUAUUAAUUGCCACUGAUCGGGUAAAGUGUGGAUAUAGGUUAGCUUGUGAUAAGUGGUAAAGUUAUUAGGUUCUUGUCAUGUUUCGAGUUUAUUUUGUUUUUUUAGGUUUUUAAGUGACCAAUGAAAUGUCUUUUUUUUUUAUUUUAAAGCGGAUGGUACCACAUAAUCAUCAAUAAGUAGAGAGUAAAUGUAUAGGUUGAUAGCUUGUUGAUCAGAAUGUUGAAUGAGGUUAAAUCAUAAAGUCCUGAGCUAGUCUCUAAUGGGUAUCUGUAUAAUCCUUAGAAUCAAUAACACUGAGGUUAAUUGUUUUGGAUUUAUGUUUUGGCUUCGAACUUGCUGUGACAUUUUAAAUUUCCUGAAACCAUUUUUUUUAUUAUUAUCAUGGCACUUCAUAUCUUCAAUUUCACAAAGGGCAUGGUGCAUAGAGCAUGGUCAUUGUGGUUUCUGUACAACCUAGCAGAUUAUUUUUCUUACCAGUUUUUUUUUUCUUAUGCCUUUGGAAGAGCUGCAGAUAAUUUAUUUCUGGAGGCAAAGGAGAAGUUUGCAACGCUUAAUGCCAUUAUCUAUAGCAACAUUGUGUACGCUCAUUGGUUAGUACCUGCAGAUUGAUGCUUGGUCGAAUUUUCCUUUCAGAUUUUGUGUAUUUCACGUUUUGUGGCCAUCUUGUCCUUCAUUGAUGUUCGAAUACUAAUUUUCAUCCUCUUUUUAGAUAAAUUAUCAAUUUUAAAUGUCUUCCUACUCUGAGAUUUCAGCCAUCUCUUUUAUUUAGUUACUAUGUUAGAGCUUAAAAAAGAUCUCUCUAUCGGCUCCACUUUUCAUUCAAAGUGCCUUAAAAUGCAUUGAAUGCUGUCACUUGUGAGAUAGUAAACUAUUUACUUCUCUCUACUGAGAAAUGCUUUGAAUGAUCUAGCCAAACUGACAAUAUGGCUCGAGCUGAGGAACUAGUCCGGGAAAUGGAAGAGCAGGGUAUUGAUGCGCCAAUUGAUUUAUAUCAUACCAUGAUGGAUGGGUACACAAAUGUGCGCAACGAAGACAAAUGCCUUGUUGUAUUUGAAAGGCUUAAGGUAUCCUUUGUUUUCUCAUCACGACAUGAUCUUAAAUUUGAAAAAUUGGUCUGAUUUUAUGCUCAAUCUGGAUUGUUAGCACUGAAAAGUUUUACAAUUCGACAUAAAUGCGAUAUAAUAUGUUCAAGAUUAUGUCUGAAAGGCACUCUUCAAAAAACCUUUCUAUUUUAUCGCCUUAGCAUUGAGAUGGGUGUCCGGGUACUUGUCGGGCUUCCGGAAUUUCUAAACUCCCAUCAUGUGAGAGAGUUCAGGAUUUUCUUUCUUCACUGUGCUUAGUUAAUAUCACUGAAAGAAAAGAAUAGACUCACGUAAGUGCAUUACUUGGCCGCCUCCCCCUUCCUCCUCUCCUCUCCUGGUGCUCCUAAUACCCAUUGAAUAGGUAGAAAUAGGCGGCUUCUGAAUUUUGGGGUUAUUCAUUCCAAAUCUGUUGAUCAGUUUUCCAAGUAUUUCUAUUUUUGAUGUUGCAUUCCUUUUUACUACCAAAAAUGCUGCGAGGAAAUGCUAUAGAAAGACAUGCUCUAUGUGAGGCAUGUAUCUGAAUCAUGCCAUUCCAUGCUAUUUGCAGGAAUGCGGCUUUACCCCUUCAAUAAUCACAUAUGGGUGUCUCAUUAAUUUGUACACGAAGGUACUGCAUCUCUUCCCAGUGAAUUUCAUGUUGGAAAAGGAUGUCUUUGAGAUGUAAGCUGAUGGGCUGCUAGCCAUGGGUAAUCCUGUGGCUCCUUACACAUUAGCAUCAUGUCGGUAGUUUCUUUUAACUCUUUAGCACCUUCAAAUGUCAUCCAUCAGAUUGGAAAGGUAGCAAAAGCCAUCGAGAUCAGCCAGAAGAUGGAAUCACGGGGAAUCAAGCACAACAACAAGACUUACUCCAUGCUGAUUAAUGGAUUCAUCCAGUUAAAUGAUUAUGCAAACGCAUUCACCAUUUUUGAGGACAUGAUGAAGAAGGGUCUGAAGCCCGAUUCUGUUGUGUACAAUAUCAUCAUAAACGCAUUUUGUAAGAUGGGCAACAUGGACCGAGCAAUGCGCACUUUUGAGGAAAUGCAGAAGGCAAGGUAUAGGCCUUCAUCGAGGACAUUUCAGCCAAUUAUAUACGGUUUUGCUGUGACCGGAGACAUGAAAAGAGCCAUGGAGGUUCUUGAUACAAUGAGGCGGACUGGGUGCAUCCCAACAGUAGAAACAUACAAUGUUCUUAUCCUUGGCCUCGUUAGGAAGCAGCAGGUGAUUUUCGUACUCUCUCUCCCUCUAUCUCAUCCUGUCUUCUUCUUUCAUUUCCGUCCCACUAGUCUCUUGAGGCUGAGCCAUGGGCCACCCAUCCUAUGGAAGGAAAAGCGACUUCUUUCCCAUCGUUGUUACUGAUUUUUCGUACUCUCUGUUCCAUGCAGAUGGAGAAGGCCGUUGAAGUGGUAAAUGAGAUGGUAUUGACUGGCGUCAACCCCAACGAACGUACCUACACAACAGUUAUGGAGGGUUACGCCUCAGUUGGCAACACUGGAAAGGCUUUCGAGUACUUCACCAAAAUUAAGGAGGAAGGCUUGAAGCUUGAUGUCUUCACGUACGAAGCACUCCUCAAGGCAUGCUGCAAGUCUGGCCGAAUGCAGAGUGCUUUAGCGGUUACAAGGGAGAUGUUCGUUCAGAAGAUUCCCAGGAAUACCUUUGUCUAUAACAUAUUAAUAGAUGGGUACGUAUUCAAUGAAUUUAGCCUUGAUCUUGGGAGAAGUAUUUUCUGUUUCAUGUAGUUGAACGAAAAUGGAGGUACUGUUUUAGCAGACGACUUUUUUUUUAACAGUUCAGCUGAUCUAAGAUGGCUUUUAGAGGAAUUUUAAUGCUACAUGCAAUCAUAAGAUAUCAGAAGUUAUAAAAACAGUCGAAUGUCUUCCUAAUCUGCGUCAUUUUUCAUAAACGGAAUUAUGAGGCCAGGACAUCCUCUUCUCAAACAAUGUGACAUCCCAGCGUAUGUUCUUUAAGAGCAGUGUUCAGCACUGCUGGCCGUCUAAUCAGUCUUCUCUCUAUCACCAGUUAUUGCAAUCCUUAUAAUUUUCGUUGCAUAUUGAUUACAAGACAAUUUUAUUUUUUUUAUAAUCUCAUAUAUUCUUUCCAUUGGAUAUGCAGUUAUUUGGAAAUAAAAUGAAUAAACAGAUGCCUUGAUGAUGCUCAAAAAUAGAAUUGAAGCUAGUUGCAUGGCCUGCUGGUUGAUCAUCAAUAAGUGAUAAGCCUUCUCACUGAAAUGAAUAGGUUUCAUUAGGAUCCAGGCGGGAUUUUUCGCUUUUAGAAAAGCACUGCUGCUGAAACCUCUCUCAAUCCAUUCCCAAUGAAGGGAAAUUUAGCUGACUUGGACCAGCUAGAGAGGACCACGGUUAUAUGCCUAAUAAAGGCCGUACGCUGCAUAUGGUCCACCCGGAGGUUGACUGAAAAUUUAUGUAUUUAUAGAAGUUAAAAUAGUUUUUAAUUUCCAUUUUUAGCCUUUUUUUGGUUGAAAACUUGCUGCAUUUUCUGGGUGGCCAUAUUUGGUAUCAUCUUCCAGAUACUGACGAGAAAGAAGUAUUCUGCAGGUGGGCCAGAAGAGGGGAUGUGUGGGAAGCUGCCGACUUAAUGCAGCAAAUGAAGAGAGAGGGAGUUCUCCCUGACAUCCACACUUUCACAUCAUUCAUAAAUGCGUGCUGCAAGGCUGGCGACAUGCUGGUAAACCUUCGUUCAUCAGUCUCCUUUGCUCUUCUACCUCUAUGUUUGUGGGCAGAAGAUGCCACUUGCACAUGAGUCAAUUGCCGACGGGCAUCAACCGGUAAAGUCGGGCAUCAACUGAUAAUCAUAACCAUAGUCAUUUAGAUAAUCAUAACCAUAGCCAUUUGGAUGAAAUCCGUGCUAUACAUUCCACCUCAGGCAUAUUAGUGCUCCUGGUUUAUCUUCUUCUUCCCGUUUCAGAGAGCUACAAAGACGGUGGAGGAGAUGGCGAUUGCCGGAGUGAAGCCUAAUCUGAAAACAUACACCACCCUGAUCAAGGGCUGGGCGAGGGCAUCGUUGCCAGAGAAAGCUCUCGCGUGCUUUGAGGAGAUGAAGCUGUCAGGAAUGAAGCCAGACAGAGCUGCCUACCAUUGUCUGAUGACGUCUCUGCUGUCCAGGGCCACCGUUGUCGAAGGGUACCUCUGCUCUGGGAUUCUGAGCAUUUGUAGAGAAAUGGUGGAGCUCAACAUUACAGUUGACAUGGGCACCGCCAUUCACUGGUCCAAGUGCCUGAGGAAGAUAGAGAGAUCAGGAGGGGAGAUCACAGAGGCGUUGCAGAAGACCUUCCCUCCCGCGUGGAACUCACACGAGGUUCCUGAGACAGAUUUCGAUAAGGUGGAUGACUGUAGAUCUGGUGAGGGCUCGUUGGGGGACGAUGAUGGCGACAACGGAGAAGAAGACUACCGAUCCUGGUUCUAG